AUGGCGGGAGCGACAUACACCCGGAUUUACCUCCACGAGCGUCCUGUCGCCGAUAUCACGCCGACCACCUUCAAAUCGGAGCAACUGCCGUUGUCUUCGCUGGUUCCCGGAGAGAAUGAGGUCCUCGUGAAGGUGCAUUGGCUCUCGUUGGACCCCGCUAUGCGUGGGUGGCUGAACGACAAACGGAGCUACGUCCCGCCGGUCAAAAUCGGCGAGACGAUGCGUGCGGGCGGAUUGGCGACCGUCAUCAAGGCUGGGCCUGGUAGCGAGCUGAAGGAAGGGGAUGUUGUCAGCACAAGGCCAGGUAUGCGUUGUUGGACGGAGUACGCCGUCGUAAAGACCAAGGACUGCGAGAAGCUGGUAUAUCCGAAGGGAGCCAACAUGCUCGACUUCCUCGGUGCGCUCGGUAUGCCGGGCUUGACGGCGUACUUUGGGUUAUUGCACGUCGGGGCCGUCAAGGCGGGGGACGUCCUCGUCGUAUCGGGCGCUGCGGGGGCCGUCGGCUCCCUCGUCUGCCAGAUAGGCAAGAAGAAGGGCGCGAAGGUGUACGCCAUCGCGGGUGGGAAGGAGAAGUGUAAAUGGCUAGAGGAAGAGGUAGGAGUGGAGAAAGCGUUCGAUUACAAGGACCCGAAGUGGAAGGAGGAGUUCAAGAAAGUGGGGUAUCUGGACGUGUACUUCGAUAACGUUGGCGGCGAGACUCUGGACUUCAUGUUGACGAGGCUGAAGGUCGGGGCAAGAAUUCCGUUGUGUGGGGCGAUCUCGGAUUACAACAACCCACACCCGAAAGGCCUUAGUGGCUACAUGAACCUCAUCAGUCAGCGGGCAAAGAUAGAAGGCUUCAUUGUCUUCGACUACGCGAAAGAGUACCCGGCCGCUAUCUCGGAGAUGGCAUCAUGGCUCGCGGACGGCACCCUGAAGCGCAAGUUCCACAUCGUCGAGGGUCUCGAUAACGCGCCGAAGGCGUUGCCCAUGCUGUUCACUGGCGGAAAUACGGGCAAGCUGGUGGUCAAAGUUUCGGACCCUGUGAAUAAGGACGCUGCGAAACUGUGACCGAGCUUGUAGGAGGGUCGCCUUUAUGUACGAUAAGUCGCGAGAUGCCACGACGGUGGUGCAAAUAUGGCAACCUGGGGAAUGUCUCCGCAGUAUAUGAGAAGCCCAGGCGCGUCGGUGUGUAUCGCUGGACUCAAACCAUGUUCAGGACGGGUAAAUGGAACACAAUCUGUAUGUCAUCCCGGAAGGCACGGUUGCUAUUGACCUGCGUUGCGUUGUCGG